AAGAAAGCAAACAGAGAGAGAGAGAGAGAGAGAGAGAGAGAGAGAGACGCACCCCUCACAUCGCUAUAACAAAACAGACGACAGGUCCACAAUACCAUCUCCCAGUAUAAGUGUUUGCAACACCCACACCACAUCCUAUCUACCUUCCUUCCAUAUCUCUCUCUAUAUUUCGUAAAACCUGUUCUGUUCUUUUUCUAUGAUUAGGAAUUCAUAAUUUGAAGUGCCGCUGUCAUCUUCUGAAGCUUUGGCUGCUACAGAAGAGCCGAGACCAUGACCGGAGGAGCAGUUGUAGAUGAGAAGUUUUGCUUCAAAGUGGAAAUAGACCUGACAGUCCGCAAGACAUCUGUUUUCUAUCCUGGAGAUGCUUUCCUUGUGUAUGAUCCUCAAGGAGAAAUUAUUUUCCGAUUCGAUUCUUAUGGUCCUGAAUCCCAACCUAAAGAUGAACUCGUUCUUAUGGAUGCUUCUGGCAAAUGCCUCCUCUCCCUUCUUCGUAAGAAGCCAAGUCUUCAUCAACGGUGGGACGGGUAUUUGGGAGAGAGAAACGAAGCGAAUCAUCAAGACCCAAUUUUUAGUGUAUCUAAAUCAACCAUCAUCGGACGGUCCAGCUUAGUGGUGGAAGUCUGUGGAGAUCCAGGUGAGGAGUACCAGAUAGAAGGCAAUUACUCCAGGCGACGCUGUAUGAUCUAUAAUACGACGUCCUUGGAAGACCCUUCGUCAAAAGAUCCUGUGGCUGAGAUUAAAAGAAAGGUGGAUCCCACAACUAAAGUGAUGCUUGGCAAAGAUGUCUUUUGGCUUCGUGUGAAGCCAGGGCUUGAUGCUGCUUUUGCCAUGGGAUUAGUGCUUAUUCUUGAUCAGAUGUACGGUGACAGUGAUGAUAGUAAUGCGGAUGAUGUAGAUCCGAAUAUAGACGAUAUUUCUUUUUCUUGACUUUUUCUUUUUGUUCUCUUAUGCAAUUACACCCGACUUCAUAGUUUCUUUUAUUUUUUGCUGUUGGGUAAUUCGUCAUAUCAAUUUAUGAAUAAGUAUUUUUUUUUAUUUGGCCAA